ACCUCCCAAUAUAUCAUUAACUAAAAUCAACUGCAGAUUUCAAAAGAAAGAAAAAACAACCAACAAGCUGAUAAUGGGAAGACAACCUUGUUGCGACAAUGUUGGUGUUAAGAAAGGGCCAUGGACUCCUGAAGAAGAUAUCAUCCUGGUGUCUUAUAUUCAACAACAAGGUCCUGGGAAUUGGAGGGCUGUUCCCACCAAAACAGGGUUGCUUAGAUGUAGCAAGAGCUGCAGGCUUAGAUGGACUAAUUACUUAAGGCCUGGGAUUAAAAGGGGAAACUUUACAGAAAAUGAAGAGAAAAUGAUAAUCCACCUUCAAGCUCUUUUAGGCAACAGAUGGGCUGCAAUAGCAUCUUACCUUCCUCAAAGAACAGACAAUGACAUUAAAAACUACUGGAACACUCAUUUGAAGAAGAAGCUGAAGAAGCUCCAAGGCAACGAAGGCUGUUCCAGAGAUGGGUUUUCAUCUUCAUCAUCAACAUACCAGAUUUCUAGAGGCCAAUGGGAGAGAAAGUUGCAGGCUGAUAUUCACAUGGCUAAAAAAGCUUUAUCUGAUGCAUUAUCCCCAGAGAAAUCAAGUCGUUCAGCUGAGUUUGUACCUUUUAAUGGCACCACAUCUUAUGUCAAACCAAGUGGAUAUGCUUCAAGCACAGAAAACAUAGCCAAGUUGUUGAAAGGAUGGAUGAGAAAUCCCUUGAAAAUGGCUGGUUCUGCAGAUUCUAGUGAAGAAGGUACUGAUUCAAUGAUGGAAGACAAGAACAGUAAAGAGAUGACUGAGGGUUUUCAAUCAGUUUUAGGGUUUGAAUCUUUAGAUUAUUCCAUUUGUAAUAUCUCACAGUCCAUGUCACCAGAGGCAAGCCUUUCACAAGAUGAAAGUAAGCCAACUCUUAGAGCCCAAACCCAACUUUCAUUGCUUGAGGAAUGGCUUUUCGAUGAAGGUGUAAAUCAAGGCAAAGAUUACCAACUUUGUGAUUUGGGAUUAGAAGAAAAUUUUAAUUUUUUCUAAGGGGAAGGAGGAGUCUUUUGUUUUAAAUGGCUUCUUUGGGAUAAUACUUUGUAUUUUGGGAUUAGGUUUUGUUAAAUGAAGAAAU